AUGAACAAUAUAACCCAGAUAUACUCCAAUGCUUCUUCAGUUAGAUUUGAAAGCUUUGAAGAGAUCAACAGGUCAAUAGCCGUACAACGCCUUCCAACUGUUAUCUUUUUAAUUAUUUUGAUUAUCAUUGGAACCGUUGGAAAUACAUUUGUGCUUGUCAUAUAUUCUCUGAAGUACCCACCCUCGACAUUCCGACUGUACAUCCUGACAUCAGCUGUGCUAGACUUGCUAUCCUGCUUAAUUCCAAUGCCACUAGAAGUCUUCGACAAUGUAUACCCGGUGAUGUUUUACAACGAACCAAUCUGUAAACAUGGCCGUUUUUUAGGCAGUGUCCUUAAGAUUGUAUCUGCAUUUGUCCUUGUUGCAAUAGCUGCGGGUAGAUAUAAAAGGAUUUGUCACCCAUUCUCCAAGGCCACCAGCUUGCUGAAGGCUCGUCUCUACUGUGCAUCAGCCAUAGGUCUAGCUAUUGCGUUUUCGUGGCCAAAUGCAAUCCUUCAAGGAAUUAAACGAGUGCAUCUUCCAGGUAAUAUUACAGGUUUUGAUUGCACUUUUGAUGACGCAACCAUAAACACAAAAUAUCCUUUCAUUUAUUCUACGAUACUCUUUGUUGUGUAUAUCACGGUGUUUUUGCUUCUAACUUCAUUAUAUUCUCUUGUAAUUGUCUCUCUUCGAAAACAAGCGAAAAAACAAAGAAGUGAAUAUCUUGGUGAGAGACUCGAUAAAACACACCCAAGAAUUACGAAGCUUAUGAUUGCAAUCACGGCGGCAUUUAUAUUGUGUUAUUUACCAGACUGCGUCAUGGAUGCUGUGUCUACUUUCAAGGGAGGAACUAUUUUCCCGCCAAGUCGCUUUGUUUUGGGAACACUUCCACUUUUAGCCAGAGCAUUUUUCAUCAACAAUGUCAUCAACCCCUUCAUAUAUUUGAUCGGGCAAUCGAAAUUUCGAUAUAUCGUAAAGCAGUCAUUAAGAUGGAUUUUCUGUGCCAUCUGUUGCCGCACUCCAAAUCAAGUGAAGAGCUUUGCCAUGGAAGAGUAAAUGUAGUAACGAAAGUAAAAUCUAACGACAACUUAAUGUCGAUAUAAAUGUAUAUUUGAGACCAUUCUGUUGCUUUAAUUCAUUUCUUAUGAAGGAGGAUGUUAAGUGCGAUGGUGCAAAUAUAUUACUUUAUUACCUCUUCACGGAUUAUAAAUGAUUUACUUGCCUUUAUACUUAUACGACUAGACAUUAACUUAAUUCUGCACAGAGGUGUUGGGCAAAAGGUCAAUCAGUUGAAAAUAUUGCGUAUUCAAGUAGAUACAUGGAUUUUUAUCAGAUGAAUGAUGCUAUGUUCUUCAGUUAUACAAAUACACGUAAUAUUUGUUCAGAUUCAAUGUCAUUUGUCAGGCUAUUGUUCUAAAUCAUAUGUAUACUGAUUUGUUAUAAUAAAAGGAUGCUAGAGUUCCUCAUUGAGACAACAUUUAUGAAGUCUUUGGAGACUAGGUCUUCUAACAAACUUUUAGACUUACUAAAUGUACGAGGGGU